UCGAGAGGGCAUGGCCAGCCGAUUCGUCCACCUGUUCUCGGUAACGCGGCAUUUCCCCGACCCCAAAAAAGUGGAUCUUUACAAGAGCCAGCUGCAGGAAUGGAUUCGGGGAAAUGUGACUGGGUGUCAUCAAAACCUCUUCAUUUUUGAUGAGAUUGAUAAGAUGCCCGAAGGAUUGAUAGACUCUCUCAAGCCGUUCAUGGAUUAUUACAAAUCCUUGGAUAAAAUUGACUAUCGAAGGUCGAUUUUCUUGUUUCUUUCCAACACGGGAGGAAAAGCCAUCACUCACAAGACCUAUCAACUUUGGAAGGCAGGCAGGAAACGGACUGACUUUAAGUAUUCGGAUUUUGAGGAGUUAAUCAGCGGAGGCGCCUUCAACGACGAGGGUGGUUUUCAUCAUAGUGGCUUGAUCACCAGCAGCCUUAUCGACUACUACAUUCCGUUCCUACCCUUGGAAAAGUUGCAUGUCCAAAAGUGUGCCGAAGUUGAGGCUCUAAAACGAGGCCGAGUUCUGACUGGCCAGAUGAUGGCGCGAGUGAUUGGGUCGGUCAGAUUCUGGCCAGAAGGGGAAAGCCUUUACUCCGAAAAUGGUUGCAAACAAAUCUACGCACGUGUGGUCGAAGUUUUAAGAUAAGAUGAUUUGGGAACCUUUGUGCCCGUUGUGGAUUUAUCUGUGAUAGAUGUCUGACCAAUCAUAGAAUACAUACUUUUCUGGUCA